AUUAUUCGAAUUGUUAUCUAAUGGCUAUCCAGUAAUGAUUAAUAUUGAAAACAAAAAUAAUAAUAAAUAUAGAAUAUAUACAUUAUCAGUAUAGGAAGUAAAAAACGACUCAGAUUGGUGGUUUCGAGAAAGAAAAAUAUCAUAAUGAAUGUUGUAAAAAGGGGUACUCUAAGUACUAGCUUUAAGCGCAAAGGAAAAAAUGAGUUCAUUUACAAAGAUGGAGCUAUAGGAAUUCGCGGGGCUGUAACAAAAUUACCCAUCAUGUCUGCUAUGUUACAAACAUCACGGGCUACUGCAAAAGCUCCUAGAUACAAAUUUAAUAAAGACAAUGACCUAGAAAGAAAACGAAAAUCAACCAUGGGGCCACCCUCGGGACUACCACCUACAGUAAAAAGAAAAUUAAUAACAUCAAGCUCUAAACUGGAUUCGUCAUCAAGUUCUCGUAUACCGCCUCGCAUUCUAGCUAGCGAUUCAGCGGCAAUGGACUCUUCGUUUUACACACCAAAGAACCGGCCAGCUGCUAUAAGAUACAUAAGUAGUAGUAGCAGAGGACCCCACAGCGGCAAUCGAUCCGCACGAUCAACAAACACAAGCUUCGUUGAAGCUAGUGUAAUAUUAGCUAUUUCAGAAGGUCGCGGUAUGGCCCGCGGAGAAAUAGGAAUGGCUGCUAUAGACCUGCGUCAUCCGAAUUUAAUCCUAUGCCAAUUUAGUGAUACGUUGCUAUACACUCACACUAUGACGAAGAUAAACUUUUUUAACCCUGUUGAGAUUAUUGUGCCCCAUACAUUCUGCGAAGGAAUACAGCCCAGCCAAUUGUACCAAUUGAUCAAAGAUCAAUAUCCUCUGAUCAAUUUAACAGCUGUCCAAAGGCGACAUUUCAAUGAUGCGACUGGCAGACAGCAAAUACAAUCACUAUGUGCACCGCAAUACAGCGCUGUCUACCUUCAAGUAUUGCAUAAAUUUUACGCGCUCACAGCAGCUGCAGCGGUGCUUAAAUAUGUUGAGUACAUACAGUGCAUAGUAUUUGCCAGGGAAUCUAUUAAAAUCGAAUAUCAUUCAUCCGAGAAUACAAUGAUUAUUGAUGUAGGUACAGCAACGCAAUUGGAGCUGGUUCAACCUUUAGUGCCAUCAGCCGGGCCGACCUGUUGUUUACUCGGUGUUCUUGGUCCAACAUACACUGUAGGUGGUAUCCGGGCGUUAAGAGCUGCAAUACUCCAGCCAUCUUGUAAAAAGGAAUUCAUUGAAGCUAGAUUGGAUGCAGUGCAGGAAUUAAUUGAAAACGAUUCAGGAAUUUUGUCUGGUUUACAAGACACUAUAAAGAAACUGUCUGAAAUAGACAAAAUUCUCUUACUCUGCAUAGAGACGGACCAACAAAUGGAUAAGUAUGGAGAAGCGCAAUUGAAUCAAACGCUUCUAUUAAAAACUACCAUGGAUAUGGUCCCAAACUUGGUAGAAGCUCUGAAACCAGCUGAGAGUGGUCGACUUAGGAAAAUUAAGAUGGAUUUUGAAAAUCCACAUUACAACGAAAUAGCAGAACGCAUAAAGUGUGUUUUGUUGGACGAUGCUCACAUGGAAAAAGGUGCUAUGGGAAGUCUUCAAAGAUGCUUCGCUGUGAAGCCAGAUAUCAAUGGUCUUCUAGACGUAGCUAGAAGAACGUAUUCAGAACUUAUUGAGGAUAUUCAAAAGAUCGUUGAACAGCUCAGCGAGACUUAUGAUUUGCCCCUUCGACUUAAUCAGAAUGUUAUGAAGGGAUUCCAUAUUGUUUUACCUGUUUCUCUCAAAAAUAGGAGAGAUUUUAAUGUUAAUGAUUUACCGGAAAUAUUUAUACAGGUACAUUUUAAUGGAUCGUCUGUGACAAUGACAACAGAAGAGUUAGUAGUUCUUGAUCACCAAGCAAAAGAAGCUCUUAAUGAAAUUCAGAAAAUGAGUAAUAUUGUAAUUUCAGCUUUACUCAAGGACUUGAGACCUUUCAUGCCGAGUCUUUACAAGCUUUGUGAAGAUGUCGCAGAGUUGGAUAUUUUAAUUGCAUUAGCACAAAUAAGUACAGUUGGCUCCUACAUUCGUCCUGAGUUUAAUGAUUAUUUGGACAUAAGAAAUUCUGUGCAUCCUCUUUUAGACUACAAUAGUCAAGUUAUGCCUACUCCUAACGAUGUGUUCGCUAGUCCUGAAUACAAUUUUACUAUAAUUACGGGACCAAAUAUGGGAGGAAAAAGUAUUUACAUCAAGCAAAUAGCUUUUAUGCAAGUUAUGGCUCAGUUAGGUUGUUUCGUUCCAGCCACAAACGCCGUCCUAAGACUUUGUGAUCGUAUUUUCUCCAGGAUAGGCUUUAAUGAUAGCGUCGAGCUAAAUGCUUCCACAUAUGUUAUUGAGAUAAAGGAAAUACAACACAUAUUGAAAGGGUUGACUCGAUGUAGCUUAGUAAUAAUAGAUGAGUUAUGUAGGGGCACAUCAGUCGAAGAAGGUACGACCAUAGCAUGGGCAAUAUGCGAAGAGCUAAUAGCAAGUGAAGCGUUCACAUUUUUCACAACACAUUUCAUGUAUCUUACUAGAUUGGAAGAUCUGUACUUCAACGUUGUUAAUCGACAUACAGCCGUUGCACAAGAAGGCAUGGAAAACUCUGAAAAAAGACUCGUUUAUAAACACAAAAUAGAAUUAGGAAUAUCCAAAAUUGACCAUUAUGGCCUAAGCUUAGCGGCUAAAACUAAUUUGCCUGAAGAAACCGUGAACCUGGCUAAAGAAUUGGCUCAAUUAAUUUCAAUAAGGAAAAAGCAAGAUUUUUCAAAUAGAGUAGAUGACACUAACAUUUUUAACAUAAACGAUAACGAUAUAGAAUCACUAUCAAAAUUGGAUAAUUACGUAGAGUGUUUUAACAAAGAAUCCGAAACUGAUUCUGAUUUUGCCGAAGCUUUAACCCAAAUGAUUGAAGAAUGUAGUUCAACCUCGAAACAAAGCAGUGACAUAGUAUCCACUGACGAAGAGUUAAUGGAAGAAACUGUUAAUGAAAUAACGAAUGAAAUUCAGUUGGAAAAUCUAAUUCUCACUCCCCCGCCAGAUUUCCGGAAUAUGUAG